CCGUAUUGACAUCACAGAGGCAAAUUUGUUCUCGAUAAUUGCUGAUCUUUUUAAUUGCUGGAUUGUUUUUUUUUUUUGCUAGCUAUCCGAAUUGGCCCGCUUUUUUGCUCAUUCGUUGAACGCAAUGUUCUGUUGCUGUUCACGACACAAGCCCGCAUAGCCGAUAAAGCCCCCAUUUUUUUGAAACUCCCUCAUCUAUUUGGUUUUGAAAUUUGGAAAUGAGAAGAAGGUUCGUGGUGUCAGUUGUCGCGGUGUCCUACUGCUGCAUCUCUUUGGUGUGUGGGACACUCUCCAAAACGGAUUUGAAGAAGUCGCACAAAGUUGAACGCGAAAAUGAGUCCUCCCCAGCAUCAGAGAGUGUGUUGGAGAGGGGACUGGUGAAAACAUCAAUUCAUUGGAAGGAUGUCGUGAGGGAAGAGAAAAGAUAUUGGACGCACAUCCAGAAGACUUUUAAAGGAGAAGUGAUUGGUUAUGUCACACCCUGGAAUUCCCACGGUUAUGACAUCGCCAAGCUGUUUGGUCCCAAACUGACCUCGGUGUCUCCGGUGUGGCUUCAACUUCGCCGACGAGGGAGCGAGCGCUUUGAAGUCACUGGGCUUCACGACCAUGACACGGGCUGGGUCAAAGCGGUGCGCAAAUCCAACAAUCAAGUGAAGAUGGUGCCCAGGCUGCUGUUUGACGGCUGGUCCUAUCAGGACUACAUGAGCGUGCUGUCCAGUGAAGAUGAGAUUGAGGAGCUGGGAAUGGAGCUGGUCAAGGUUGCAAAGGCGGAGGGAUUUGAUGGCUUCACCUUGGAGCUGUGGAGCCAGCUGGCAGGCAACAAAAGGAAGGAACUGGUGCAUUUGGUGACGCACACGUGCGAAACGUUGAAGGCCAACCUAUUCCAUUGCAUCCUUGUCAUUCCUCCUGCCGUGACGAGCGCCGGCCAGCCCGGCAUGUUUGACAGGAAAGAGUUUGAGCAACUUGCCCCAAUAGUGGACGGCUUCAGCCUCAUGACGUACGACUACUCCAGUGGUCCCAAAGCGGGCCCGAGUUCCCCCUUGUCCUGGGUGAACGACUGCAUCGUGCAGCUGGCCCCCAAGAAAGAGUGGAGAUCCAAAAUUCUGCUUGGGCUCAAUUUAUACGGCCUGGACUUUGGGAGCCAGAAAACAGAGCCCCUUCUUGGGGGGAGGUACAUCGACCUUUUGUGGGAACACAAGCCCAAAAUCGUCUGGGAUGACUUCAACGGUGAGCACCAUUUUACCUACAAGAGCAAUGGAGUAAAACAUGUGGUGUACUAUCCAUCAUUGAAGUCGGUGUAUGUGAGGAUCGCUCUGGCUAAAAAACUGGGUACUGGAAUUUCCUUGUGGGAACUGGGACAAGGACUGGACUACUUCUAUGACCUCCUUUGAGUCCUCAGCUCAUGGAUUCUUAAUUGUACCACAAAGCUGCUGAAAGGAUUUAAUGGUUGAUUGGGACAAAGAAAAUGCAAAGUUACUGCAAAUAAAUCAAUGGGUGAAG